UCCGGGAGAACCGGGGGCAGAUCGGAGGAGCGGACCCGAGCCUCCGUGGGGCUGCUCAGCUGCGCUCACACCGCCCACUGGUGCCUCCUCCGGGCUUCUCUCUCCACCUCGCCGCGGCUCUUCCUGGAGAACCAUGGUGGCUAAGAGCAGGAAACAGACCGGGAGGAGUCCGGCGACCCCGGCUGACCGCGACCGGAACCCGCUCGUGUCGCCCCCCGGUAAAAGCGGCGGCAGGCGGCCGGGCAGGGAGGGCAAAGCGGGCUCUCACCCCAACGGGCUCUCCGGCAUCGGACACAAGCUGGGGCUGAGUCCCUCCGCGCUGGGGCGGCUGGGGAUCACCCUGCUCCUCGCUGCUCUGUCUGGGUUCCUGCACUGGCACCAUCUCUCUCAGCUGUUUGAGAAUGACAGACACUUCUCACACCUGUCAAACCUGGAGAAGGAGAUGGCUUUCAGGACUGAGAUGGGUCUGUACUAUUCCUAUUAUAAGACCAUCAUCGAGGCUCCCUCCUUCCUGGACGGUCUCCACCUGGUCAUGAACGAUCGGCUGACAGAGUACCCCCUGGUUAUCAACACACUGCAGAGAUUCAAUCUCUACCCAGAGGUGGUCCUGGCCAGCUGGUACCGCAUGUACACCGGUGUAAUGGGCUACUUUGGGAUUCCCACUAAGAUGUGCUGGUCCAUCAACAGAGGAGAAGGACUCACGCCUGUGGAUAGUUGUGAAGGAAUGGGCGAUCCGACGUAUUUCUACGUGGCCUGUGUGUUCGUGCUGAACGGCCUGAUGAUGAGCCUGUUCUUCGUUUACGGCGCCUACCUCAGUGGCAGUCGGCUGGGCGGCGUCGUUACCACCAUGUGCUUCUUCUUCAAUCACGGCGAAAGCACUCGUGUGAUGUGGACUCCGCCGCUGAGGGAGAGUUUCGCUUACCCCUUCUUAGUCCUGCAGAUGCUCCUCCUCACCUACAUCCUACGGACACGGAACCUGAGCCGGGCGGCCAUGGUCGCUCUCGGCGUCUCCAAUGUGUGCUUCAUGCUGCCUUGGCAGUUUGCCCAGUUUGUGCUGCUCACUCAGGUGGCGUCUCUGUUUGCCUCGUACAUCCUGGGCUACCUGGGUCCCACCAAGAUGCAGUCCAUCCUGGUCACUCAUAUGAUCACACUCGGCGUCUGCUUCAUCCUGAUGUUUGGUAACUCCAUGCUGCUCACAUCCUUCUACGCCUCCUCACUCGUCUCCAUCUGGGCCAUCAUUGCACUGAGGGAUCAAUUUGCUAAGGUUUUCAAACCUGGCAUCAUCAUCAUGGUCAUGCAGGGUCUGGCGUGGGUCGGCUCCACCGUUCUGCUCAAGUUCAUGUUGUCCACAAUCCUCGGUGCCUCUGACGACGCUCACAUCAGUGGACUGAUCAAGUCUAAGUUCACCAGCUACAAGGACUUCCACACUCUGAUGUACACGUGUGCUGCAGAAUUUGACUUCAUGGAGUUGGAGACGCCUCUUCGUUACCUCAAGACGUUCCUGCUUCCCCUCAACAUGCUGGUGGUUGCUCUCAUUGCCGUGAGGACGUGCCAGGAUGUCGUCCGGUUCCUGAGGGGGGGCGGCGGGAAGGCGUCAGGCAAGAGCGACGAUGUCGACGAAGCCGCCGGGUCUGAAAUUUCUGCAAAAGGAGAGCUGGUGUACCACAGUCUGCAGCUGCUGGCGUUCGGCGUCCUGGCCGUCCUCAUCAUGCGUCUGAAGCUCUUCCUGACACCUCACAUGUGCAUCAUGGCCUCGCUCAUCUGUUCCAAACAGGUGUUCGGCUGGAUCGGGGAGAGGUUUAAGCACCAGGUCGUGGUGUUUGCUGUCAUGGCUGCCAUGGCCGUACAGGGAGUGGCCAACCUGCAGGCCCAGUGGGGGAUCAUCGGAGAGUUCAGCAACCUGCCGCAGGAGGAGCUGCUGGACUGGAUCCAGGACAACACCCGUCCUGAUUCCGUGUUUGCGGGAGCGAUGCCCACCAUGGCCAGUGUGAAGCUGUCCACAGGUCGUCCCAUCGUCAACCAUCCCCACUAUGAAGACGCUGGUCUGAGGGAAAGAACCAAGCUGGUUUACUCCAUGUACAGCCGCAUGUCCGGAGAAACCGUGAAGAGGAAUCUGAUGCAGCUGGGAGUGGACUUCUUCGUCCUGGAGGAUUCCUGGUGCACCAGGCGAACCAGGCCUGGAUGCAGCAUGCCAGAGAUCUGGGAUGUCGAGGAUACUGAAAACGUUGGUAAAAUUCCCCUCUGCACCCACAUCUCCAAGAACUCACGACCCCACUUCACCACAGUCUUUUCCAACGACAUUUACAAAGUUCUCAAAGUCCCCAAAGUCACCAAAGAGCUCAGAUAACGCUGUCGGAUGAACUGAUCCAGCUCCAAACUUCUUCUUUCCACCUCUUCUACUCUUCUGUUUUUUUUGUCAGUCACUGCCGUUGCUGCUUUUUACUUCAAAAAAACUCAAACUCCCCACAGUUCCCCUUUUAUCGGAGAGAGCUGUGAUUCACUGAGCGGUGGACUGAUAACAGGUCGGAUUUGCCUAAAUGAUCAUGAUUGACCUUGUGCUUCUCAGUAUUAGUUUCUGCUGCAGCUUUGUCAUCCAGAGACGUUCCCGUAAUGCUCCAGUUGGUGCCCAAGUAAAAGCCAACGGGUGUUAAAGCUCUUUUGCUUUAGUUCUGUUACACACUCAUUUAUUUUUAACAGAUGCUGUUCAAACAUCAUUGUUUUGUUUUGUCACUCAAAGCAACACUAUGUAACUUUUAUAACGUUUAAUCAGCCCCUUGAUUCAUUGACUGUGAACAAGGAGAAAGUUUCCUCCUUCACUCCCUGAACAUCUGUUCUCUGUGACUCUGGUGAGUGGGUUCCAUCUCCUGUGAGAAGAACUGACUGAGAGUCACAGCUGCAACCGUCACAAUCAGCUCCAGGUGAAGAGUGAAGCUGAACUGAGAUCAGUUAAAAACAGAGUUUAUCUCCAAUAUUCAGCAGGAAACUUAAAAAAUAUGAAGAAUUCUAAGCAGAGUUUGGUGCCGACAUUCCUCUGGUUCAGGAAGCAGAGGAUCACGGGUAAUAUCCACCGUUCAGUUUCUCAUCGUGAAAACCACAUCAUCGCUCGGACCAGAGCCCAACAGAAUCAGUCCCCUUGUGUGGCUGCAGGGGGCGCUGUUGCUCAGUAAAAGUUACCUAGUGUUGCUUUAAGAAGUACCUCUUGUCUCGCAGGACCAACCGAUGAUGUCCACAUACUGUGAAGCAAUACCCUUUGCAAACUUUGACAGAAGCUUCUAUUGUUAUGCACAGUGUUAAACUCUGAAAAGAUUUUCAGUUUCCUUUCUAUAAUUUAUUUGUGUGAAUAUUUUUAUGCAAAUUUCAACAUGUUGAGACGUUUUUUUUCUUCCGACGCAAACAGUGUUUUAAGAGUCAAGUGAAACAGGUGAAAAUUCGAUUCAAGCUUUUCUUUUUGUGCUCGUUACUCAGCAUUGGUUCUAAGUUCAUUUCACUCAAGAACUUUUUUAGCAGACGCUAAGUUCUUAAUUCAGUCAUAAACUGGCAUAAAGAGUUUUUAUGGCAAGAAAAUCCAGUGGUUUUACGUUAACUCUGCCCUGUACCGACCUUUUUGUAAAUACCCAAACAGCUGUUUUGUACAAUACUGAUGUUUGGCCUUUAAAAGGUUCUUCGUGUUUCUUGAAUUAUUGUUAAUUGCCAAAGGAAGUUUUGUUAUCAAUGGCGGGUAUUAUAUUCUGGGCACUGUAGCAGAUGAACGAUGUGCAUUUUGAGAACCAUCAGUGUGUGAGUUCUGUAACAGCCAAUCCAAACUACUUUACUGUAGCAGUGACUUGAUGUAAAUGGUAGCAGUUGUUGUCUCCUUUCGCUGGUUUGGACUCUGGUAAUGAUUCUUCAGUAUUUUAAGAAAAUAUGGCUUUGUUACAGUUUGACUAGAAGAUGAAUGCUACUCAUGCCUGUGUGUUGGAUAUGAAGCUAGAGCCAGAAGGCUAUCAGCUUAGCUUAGCAUAAAGAUUGGAAAAGGGGGAAACAGUUCGCUUGGUGCUGUCCACAGGUUUAAAAUUAAACCUCUAAUUCUCACUGAUUUACAUGUUCUAUCUCGUUUGUUUAAUCUGGUUUCACACAAAUCAACGUGUGAUCACUGAGAAGCGUAAAAAAUACUUCCGAUUCAUUGUGGGUCAGAGGUAAUUGCCUUUUUCCUUUCUUUCAUGUGCGUGUAAUCAGGCCUGUCGGGUUUGGACAGAGAAUUGGGGCCCGAGCGGCGCAGCAGUCAGAGUUCAGCUGUUUUCCUCUGCUAAGCUCACCACACACUGGCUGCAGCUUCAUGUUCAGUGGUUUUAAUGCAGAUGAGAGAUGGAUGUCAAUCUUCUCAUUUUACUCUUAGCAAGAAAACAAAUGAGCGUAUACAGAAUUUGUCCUUCGUGUGCAGCCUGAAGGUUUUAUCGUGUUGAAAAGAGGAUUUGAAAGUGUGCUUUACUCCCACUUUAGGUCAAAGCAGUGGCUGCAUAGCUGCAUUUUGUAUUGAUGGUUUGUUAUAAUCAGACUCCCUGAACAAUUUAAAAUGCAGUCACUCGUCUGUAUUUGUUGUUUUUUUCCUCUCCUGUGAACUGACUUUUCUCGGCCCUCAAAGCUUGGUGCCAUAUUUCAGCGGGAGAGUAGCAGAUGUGGAGCUUUACAGAACACAGGAUCUUUUUUAUAUCACUACUCCGUGAGGGCACAGAAUGAGACGUAGUUCCUCGUUUGGGGAAAUAAAACUCAUUUGCCCAGCGUUAGAUAUAAAGAUUGAUAUCACUCAGGCCUGGACAAACGAAGCUGCAGCCAACAGUGGUGGUAACUGAGAUUAGCAUUAGCAUUGUCCUUCACAGUAGUUGGAGUAUUUCAGAGUUUAAUUUCUUUAAAAAAGUCUUAUGUACGAGUUUGUAACUGGUUGGAAUCAUUUCGGUACGACACUGUAUAGAUGGUUUUAUUGAUGAAGCAUCAGAGUGAGAUGAAAGAACAAAUGAAAUGAGUGAAACUACACUUUUAAAACAAAACAAACCUUUAUUCACAUUUCAGAAAGAGCUUCUCAGUGAGCGGCUGAACAAACCAGUUAGUCUUUUAGAUGUUGAGCAUUUGAUUUCAGAUCAGUUUCUUUGUGUAAAGCUCAUAUGAGAACUGGUGAUUUGAACUGAUGUAGAAGUGAUCUCGUGAGUCAAGUGCCCAUUGUUCAGGAGUGGGGUGUCACACUUCCAGAAACACUUUGACGUAAGUAGUUGAUUCCUGUUGUGUUUCAGAUGUCUUUUAUAAUAUUUGUCUAUUUUGUCUGUAUUUUAAAAAAAAUAAAAAUAUUUGCAUCAACA